UUAAACCGCGAUAUGGAUCGUCGUGUCGCGUUCACAAUAGUUAGUCAUUAUUCAUUAAUUGGAUAUGGAAUGCAGACGGGUAAUCGUUGCAUUUUGGGUGUUAUUUUCACCAUUAGUAAUCGCUUUUGGUGUGACUGAAGAAUCUCCAUUGGAAUGGUGGCAAACUGGUGUUAUAUAUCAGAUAUUUCCAAGAUCUUUCAAAGAUAGCAAUGGUGAUGGCAUAGGUGACUUGAAAGGAAUUGAAGAAAAAGCCGAAUACUUGAAAGAUUUGGGUAUCUCUGCGGUUUGGUUAUCUCCUAUUUUCGAAUCUCCUAUGGUAGACUUUGGCUAUGAUGUUAAAGAUUACUACAAAAUUGCGUCGGUUUUUGGAACACUCGAUGAUUUUAAAUCACUCAAGCAGAAAUUGGACGCAUUAGGUAUGAAAUUGUUAUUGGAUUUUGUCCCAAAUCAUACCAGUGAUCAAUCAGAUUGGUUUCAAAAAUCCAUCAAAAGGAUAGAUCCCUAUACAGACUUCUACAUAUGGAAAGAUCCUGCCGGUUGGAAUGGUUCAGUACCUAUUCCACCGAACAACUGGGUUAGCUUAUUUCAUGGGCCAGCUUGGAAAUAUAACGAUAAUCGAAAGCAAUUUUAUUUGCAUCAAUUCGCUGAACAGCAGCCAGAUUUAAAUUUUCGGUGCGAUGAUUUAAUAGAAGAAAUGGAGCGUAUAUUCAUUUUCUGGCUGGAUCAAGGUGCUGAUGGUUUCAGAAUGGAUUCUGUUGCGUAUAUGCUCGAGCAUCCAGAAUUUCCCAGUGAACCAAUCAACGAGAAUUUUUCCUCAAACGUCCAAGCUCAUGAUUCUUUAAUUCACACUUUCUCUAAAGAUUGGCCCGAGAACUACGUGUUGACCAAAUAUUUUCAAGAUAUUGUGGAACGAUAUUCCGAAAAAGAUGGCAAACAGCGAGUUAUUAUCCAUGAAGCGUACACGACGUUUGCUGAUACGAUGAAAUUUUACGGUGAAACUCAAGGAAGACAUAUGCCAUUUAAUUUCCUGCUAAUCACAGAUAUCGAUGAUCAUUCCAGUGCGAAAGAAUUUUCUGACGUUAUUCUCAAAUGGCUCAAUGGCAUGCCGAAAAAUGGCUGGCCAAAUUGGGUGAUAGGAAACCACGAUAACAGCAGAGUAGCUAACAGAUUUUGUCAAGAAUUGGUCGACGGAAUGAAUAUGAUUAAUUUACUCCUACCUGGAACUGCGAUCACAUACAAUGGAGAAGAAAUUGGUAUGUCGGAUGGCAAAGUUAGAUGGGAUCAAACUCUAGAUCCGCAAGCUUUGAAUGCUGGUCUCAAACAUUUUCGCCAAUACACUCGCGAUCCUGAACGGACCCCUUUCCAGUGGGAUUCGUCUCCAAAUGCGGGUUUCACUACAAAUUCGAAACCGUGGUUACCAGUGAAUCCGAAUUAUUGGAGACUGAAUUUAAUGGACCAACAGAAAUCUAUCAGGAGUCAUUAUAGCGUCUUUAAGCAGUUGGUUAAAUUACGAUCUCAUCCUACUUUUCAACGUGGCGAUUUUAAAAUAUUUAUCAUUUCGGAAUGGCUUUUGGCAUUCACCAGAGAAUUGCAAGAUUCUAGCUCGUACGCAGUUCUAAUCAAUUUAGGUUCAGAACAAGAGCAGGUUAUCCUUCAAAAUCACAUCAAACACUUACCCAGCUCAUUAUCAGUACACAUUGCGAGCGUUAAUUCAGAAUAUGAAACUGGCGAUAUGUUGCCGACAACGCAUACCGGAUUCAAUAUGAGACCGAAAUCUGCCUUGGUUUUGACGACAGAUACCGUUGAAAAAGCUCACCAAAAAAGUGGAGGAGCAUCGUGGUUAGGCUCGGUGGCCACAACAUAUACAGAGUAUGCAUUUCUCAUGAUACAUAAAUUAAUCGCAUUCACAGUCGUAUAAAUUUGUUUCACGUAGAUAACCUUAUAGGCACAUUGUAUAGAAACGAAAUGAAAGAGAGAGAGAAAAACAAAUUAACACGUGGAACAAUAAUUAAAGUCAUCACAAAUAAUUACUAUAUUUUUCACCAUUUAUAUACACGGUGUUCUUCUAAAAAGUAAACUGUCAAUAGAAAUGUUAACUUAACGACACGAAUUCCAAUUUUAUUAGUAACAUUGAUACAAUUUUACAACAUUUACAUAAUAGUAAAUAAUAUAAACGCAGUAUAAAAAAGAAAGUAGGUACCCUCAAAUAUAGAAUUUUUAUAGAAA